AUGGCUGACAAUGAUGAUCUUUUGGACUACGAAGACGAAGAGCAGGCGGAUCAACAGACCACCGAUGGAGGCACCGAAGCGGCGCCCAAAAAAGAGGUUAAGGGAUCCUACGUAUCUAUUCACAGUUCCGGCUUUAGAGAUUUUCUGUUAAAACCCGAAAUCCUACGAGCUAUCGUCGACUGUGGUUUUGAGCAUCCGUCUGAAGUGCAACACGAAUGCAUCCCCCAAGCAGUUCUCGGUAUGGACAUUUUGUGCCAAGCCAAGUCCGGUAUGGGUAAGACAGCUGUGUUUGUAUUAGCAACGUUGCAGCAACUCGAGCCGUCAGAAAAUCACGUAUACGUCCUCGUAAUGUGUCACACGAGAGAGUUGGCGUUCCAGAUCAGCAAAGAGUAUGAACGAUUUUCCAAGUACAUGGCCGGCGUCAGGGUGUCGGUGUUCUUCGGUGGAAUGCCGAUUCAAAAGGAUGAAGAAGUACUUAAAACGGCAUGUCCACAUAUCGUUGUCGGAACUCCAGGACGAAUCCUGGCCCUGGUUAAUAGCAAGAAGUUAAACCUGAAGCACCUUAAGCAUUUCAUUCUUGAUGAAUGUGACAAAAUGUUAGAAUCUCUUGAUAUGAGACGAGAUGUACAGGAGAUAUUCCGAAACACGCCACAUGGAAAACAAGUAAUGAUGUUCUCAGCCACACUGAGCAAAGAAAUUCGACCAGUCUGCAAGAAGUUUAUGCAGGAUCCCAUGGAGGUGUAUGUAGAUGAUGAAGCUAAGUUGACAUUGCAUGGUCUGCAGCAGCAUUAUGUAAAACUUAAAGAAAAUGAGAAGAACAAGAAGCUGUUUGAACUGCUUGAUGUAUUAGAAUUCAACCAAGUGGUUAUCUUUGUAAAAUCAGUUCAAAGAUGUAUUGCUCUAGCACAGUUGCUGACCGACCAGAAUUUCCCGGCUAUAGGCAUACACAGAAACAUGUCCCAAGAUGAGCGCCUCUCACGCUAUCAGCAGUUCAAAGACUUCCAGAAGAGGAUACUAGUAGCGACAAACCUAUUUGGUCGUGGAAUGGAUAUUGAGCGAGUUAAUAUUGUCUUUAACUAUGACAUGCCUGAAGAUUCAGACACUUAUCUCCACAGGGUAGCAAGAGCAGGAAGAUUUGGUACUAAAGGUUUAGCAAUUACCAUGGUAUCAGAUGAAAAUGAUGCAAAGAUCCUUAAUGAAGUACAGGAUCGUUUUGAUGUUAACAUCACGGAGUUACCAGAAGAGAUAGAGCUAUCUACUUACAUUGAGGGCCGAUAG